GGUAUUCUUGUGAAGAAUUAUAAUUUUAUGUUAAUAUAUGUUCAUACAUGAUGCAGACAGCGGGUAGAAUCAUAUAGAUUAUUGCGUUCACUGGCAUCACAAGCGACAGUGUCGGUGAAGCAGUGAGAGGGGAUGGAUGUAACGUGCUGCUGUCACAUGAUAUAAACUAACUCUUGGCGUCUCUGGAUUAUUCGCUCGCAAUCUUGACCACUUGAACGACUGAAUCAUAAAAGAUUGCAGCGAGUCUUCUGCUUCUCACUGCCAACAAACCACCCCGGCAACCCCAAAAUUAGGAGUUGUGUUCUCAUCCUCGGUGGACACUUUUCCACCAUGGAGGCCCCAACUGGAGAGUCCAACUCCUCCUUUGGGAGCCGCUCUAACGAAUGCGAUGAGGCGGCUAGCCUCUGCAAGAAUUCAAACAAAAUCAACCAAAAUGGUCGCACGUUUUGGGCGCGUGGUGCGUCCCUCUCAACUGCGAGAGAGACGCCCCGUGCGAGAAAUUCCUAUUUACAUGAAACUCCUAAAAAGAAAACAGAGACGAAAGCUGGUCACUUUAAACGGUAUCCGAAUUAUUUUGGAGGCCGGAGACAUGGGUUGGUCCGCGGGUGGUUUGUCGUGGCAGUCUUGGCCGCAUCCAUGCUACACCUUGUCCUGCCUCUCAACUAUGCAAGGCGGCAGUGCAUUGACUCGGAAGAAUUCCACUAUCCUCACUCUGGCGUAACGCGCUCGCCUCUCUGUGACUUCUUUAAUCAUCCUCCUAAGUUCGUGGAGACUCCGCGCAGUCAGCGCGUGCUGAACGACAUGGCAGCUUCCUUCACGUGUCGGGCGGAGGGCAACCCGCCUCCUGUCAUCGAGUGGAGGAAGAACGGACGGCGCAUUGGCGGCACCAACAGAUUCUUGACCAUCGACGUGCCCGGAGGUUCCAUCCUGCGCAUCGAGCCUGUGAAGUAUCAACGCGACAACGCGACGUACGAAUGCGUGGCGGAGAACACUGCGGGCGACACGAUCAGCGCUAAGGCCACCCUCGAGGUCUUCUCUGACGACCGCAACGAGCUACCCGCGGGCUUCCCAACAUUCCGGUCUGAGCCCAAGACGAAGGCCGUGGAGAUCGAACACACCGCGCUGCUCGUAUGCGAUGCUUACGGCGACCCCAAGCCUAACGUCACCUGGUACAAGGACCAUGUACCCAUUGACCUCUCGAACCCUCGCUUCUCCGUCCUUAGCUCCGACUUGGGAAGAAUUAGUCUCUACGAAUGUGUGGCAGAGAACUCCGUGGGAACUGCCUUCAGUAAACUCAUUAACCUCUACGUCAGAGGUGCCAGGAAGCAUCAGUUCUUACUGAUUAACGAGGUGUUCGCUGCGGCCGUCUUUGUUCGUAUAACAAGGUGGGUCACCCGCGUCGGCCGCCCCUACGUCAUGUGGAAGAAGGGCCUGGCAGUCGAGGUGUCGGAGAACAGACUCACCAAGAACGUGCUGAUGCUACACAACAUCCGCAAGUCUGAGAACUACACGUGUCAGGCGCAGUCCACUCUAGGCAUCAUCGUCGCCGAUGUUCAGGUCAAAGUACAGGCACUGCCGCGGCCGCCCACAUCUGUACGUAUCACUGACGUGACUGCGACGUCUGUACGCGUGGUGUGGGAGUACGACGUGAGCCCCAGCGACAUCAGCUACUACAUCAUCCAGUACAAGCCGCGCGAUGUAGACCGCGAGUACACUGAGAUGUCCGGUCUAGUCACCAGGUUCUACGCUGUUAGCUCGUUGUCGCCGUACACGAGCUACGAGUUCCGCAUCGUGGCCGUGAACAAGAUCGGGCGAGGCGCGCCGUCUGAACCUGCCUACAUCACCACUGGCGAGACCACUAACGGCAGAGAUUCAAAGCCCGGUAGCGCCCCGCGCAGCGUACACGUGAGGCCAAUCUCUUCAUCCACGAUGGUCAUCCAGUGGCAAGAGCCCGAGGCACCUAACGGCCAGAUUACGAGCUACAAGGUCUACUACACGAACAACGACAGCCUGCCGAUCUCGGCAUGGAAGAGUCAGACGGUGCAGGAGAACAAGCUUACUACCAUCAGCGAGCUCAUACCUCACAGCAUCUACACCAUCUGCGUACAGGCUGUUACUGGCAUGGGCCCCGGCCCCCUCUCUAACCCUGUCAAAGUCAAGACCCAGCAAGGAGUACCAAGUCAGCCAUCGGACCUGAAGCCGUCGAGCGUGACAGCGACUUCCAUCGCCGUGAGCUGGACGCGGCCCUCGCACCAGGGCGAGAACAUCAUCAACUACGAGCUGUACUGGAGCCUUCAGAAGGAUGCCAAUGACCCAGCGAAGUAUCAGCAACGCACUAUUCCCGACGGGGAGAGCUACGUACUGCAAGACCUGCGCCCCAACACCGUCUACAGUCUCUGGCUCGCUGCUAAGUCCCAGCGCGGAGAGGGCGCUGAGACCGCUAAAAUCUCCGUCAGAACAGAGCAGUCCACUCCCGGAGGUCCACCGCAAAACAUCCAAGCAUUUUCGGAGACGUCCGAGAGCAUCCGUGUAGUUUGGGAGCCUCCAGUUGCGGAGCUGCAGCACGGCGACAUCACAUUCUACACUUUGAUGUACGUUAACAGCAGCCUGAGUGACGACGAUGCACGUGAGGUCAAAAUACCAGACCCUAACGAGCGAGAGUUCGUCAUCACCGGUCUCCAGAAGUGGACCGAGUAUCGCGUCUGGAUGACUGCGGGCACGAGUAUUGGUGCAGGGGUCAAGUCCGACCCUAUCAUGGUGCGCACCGACGAGGAUGCUAAAGGGGAUGUGCCCGGGGAACCGCGAGGCGUCGACGUGAAGGUCCUCAACAGCACCAGCAUCGAAGUCAAGUGGAGCGCGCCUAGCGAGCGCGAGCGACACGGCAUCAUACGGGGCUAUCAGAUACACGUCCAGGCCGUCACGUCUAGUGGUUCGGAAGUUAUCCCUCAGGGUCAGGGUCGCCCAUACACCACCCACAAGGGGGACGCAACCUCCUACGUCAUCACAGACCUGGACCCCGACACGCAGUACCAGGUACAAGUUGCAGCUCUCACCCGCAAGGGAGACGGUGCCAGAUCGAACCCUGAAAGGAUCACCACACCGGGCGGCGUCCCGAACAAACCUUUCAUCACCGUCAAUGGCACAGUUGACAAAUUCAGCGGCAAGUUGUCAGUCUACGUAGAGUGGGUGCCUCCAACUCAGCCCUAUGGAGAAGUGCAGGGCUACAGACUGCGCUACGGACCUGUUGGGGAGCCAUUCCAGACGGUGACGCUGCAAGGCAACACAAUGUUGCACCGUACCCUAGACGAGUUGCAGCGCGGGGUGCAGUACGAGAUAAGAGUCUCGGCUAAGAACAGACUGGAUUACGGUGAAGAAGCUGUGCGUCUCUACAGCACUCCUGAGGCACCUCCAUCUGGUCCGCCUACAAACAUAUCAUACCGCUAUCAAACUCCCGGAACGAUCGUGUUCACUUGGGACCCCCCAACGCCCGGUGAACGUAACGGUGCCAUCAUAAGGUACGACAUUCAGUUCAAGAAAGACGUCUCCUUGAACAACGACUACAAUUACGUUGGCAACACCACGCAAAAUAAGAAAGUCUUCGAUGGGCUUGACGAAAACAUGCGAUAUGCCUUCAAGGUGCGAGCGAGCACGAACAAAGGGCCCGGCCCGUACAGCCAAGACCUGGUGUUCACGACGCAGCAAGACCUGGUGAGAGCGCCCGUCAACCUGCAGGGGAUGGCCACCUCUGAGUCCAGCAUCGAGAUCUGGUGGGAGCCUGUGCCUUCCCAUGGCAAACUCAUCGGCUACAAGGUUUUCUACUCGAUGUCCCCGACGCCCGACAUGGAGGAGUGGCAGCAGCUACAAACGGCCGUCACGCACUCCGCCGAGCUGCCCAACCUCGAGCAGCACGCCGAGUACGGCAUUAAAGUCGCCGCCCGCACCAACCAGGUGCCUAUGCUUAACCCCCAGCAGUACGAGGUACUGAACCCCUCCCCCAUCAGGCUUAACCCCCAGCAAUACAAAGUACUAAACCCCUCCUACAUCAGGCUUAACCCCCAACAAUACAAGGUUACUUACUCGGCUUACAAAGAAUUCGUAGACGCUCGAGGCGUGACGCAAGUGCACGAGUUCAAAGCACAACCAAAAGUUGUAGGAUCGCGUCAGUACAGCUACGUCAUCGAAGAUCUUCGUCCCUUUACAACCUACACCGUCAACGUGACGGCCGUACCGAGCACUGACGACUACAGACCUCCUGCCAGGAUAACUGUCACUACUCAGAUGGCUGCUCCGCAACCCAUGGUGAAGCCUGACUUCUACGGCGUGAAGGGUCCCCACGAGAUCGCCAUGAUCUUGCCCCAGGCCUCUGAAGAGUACGGCCCCAUCGCCCACUACUACCUCGUCGUGGUACCUGAAGAACCCUCCACGCCAACCUCGAAGUUCACAUUCAAGCAGCCUGAUCAGUACAUGACAGACGAUCUGAUGGCGAACAAGGCAGGCAAUAAGGAAGCCUUGGCAGAAGGCCCGUACAUCGCGGCCAAGUUCAUGCAUCGCAGCAUCCCUUACUCCUUCAGCCUCGGCGACGGCAGGAUUAAGGGGGGAUUCAAGAACAGACCGCUGCAGAAAGAUAAAAAAUACAAGAUAUUCGUUCGGGCUGUGGUCGACACUCCAGGACGUCACCUGUACACGUCCUCGCCGUUUUCGACGCUCAUUUCACUGGACAUGAGACCUGCCCCGACCGGAGACCUGCCGUCUCGGCCCAACCCCUUCCAGCCGAACCACUCGAGCGACCUGUCGGUGCCGCGGUCGCCCUCACACCCUCAGACCCUGAUGAUAGUGGGACCCCUCAUAGGGGCGGUCGUGCUCGUCGUCAUCUGCCUCUUCUGCUUCCUUUUCGUCUGGAAACGACGUCGUCAGCCGAAAAUUCCCGACCAAAGCCAAGUGACCAAACCUCUUAUGGCGGACCUCGGUGGCAUGGGCGGCGUGGGUGCUAGUGUGGUGGCUGGAAGUGGUCCAGCCUCAGCCCACGGCACACUUAACAGCGUUAAAGGCGUCAGUCUGGGCAGCAGUGGCAAUGGUUUAAUGAUGAACGGACCUUCUGACCCCGUCGAGUUACGACGUCUCAACUUCCAGACGCCAGGCAUGAUGAGUCAUCCCCCGGUGCCCGUCCAGCAGCUCGCUGACCACAUCGAGGCUCUUAAGGCCAACGAUAACCUCAAGUUCUCACAGGAGUACGAGUCGAUCGACCCUGGGCAGCAGUUCACGUGGGACAACAGCAACUUGGAUGUCAACAAACCCAAGAACAGGUACGCGAACGUGAUAGCUUACGAUCAUUCACGCGUGACGCUGCAGCCCAUCGACGGUAUCGUCGGCAGCGACUACAUCAACGCUAACUUCUGUGAUGGAUACAGGAAGCCUAACGCCUACAUCGCUACUCAGGGACCUUUACCGGAGACGUUCGGUGAUUUCUGGAGGAUGUGUUGGGAGCAAGGCUCCACCACCCUCGUGAUGAUGACCAAACUAGAGGAGAGAACCCGCAUCAAGUGUGACCAAUAUUGGCCCAGUCGCGUGUCCCAGACCGAGGCAUACAACAGCAUGCAGGUCACCCUCACCGACGUCCAGGAGCUGGCCACCUACACCGUCCGUACAUUUCAGCUUCAGAAGAUGGGAGGUCUGGAACGUCGUGAGAUCCGGCAGUUCCAGUUCACGGCUUGGCCGGACCACGGCGUGCCCGACACACCCACGCCCUUCUUGACGUUCCUGCGCCGUGUGAAGCAGUGCAAUCCUGUCGACAGCGGCCCCAUCGUCGUACACUGCAGUGCUGGUGUGGGUCGGACUGGCGCGUUCAUCGUGAUAGACGCGAUGCUGGAACGCCUCAAGCUCGAGCGCACCAUCGACAUCUACGGCCACGUGACAUGUCUCAGGGCGCAACGUAACUACAUGGUACAAACGGAGGACCAGUACAUGUUCAUUCACGACGCUCUGCUCGAGGCGAUCGUAGCGGGCAGCUCAGAGGUGGCGGCGCGAGCGCUACACGCGCACAUCCAGCGCCUGCUGCAGCCUGCCGACGACAACACAACGGCUAUGGAGGCUGAGUUUAAGCGUUUGGCUAACAUCAAGGCCCAGCCCUCGCGCUUCGUGAGCGCAAACCUCGCCGUGAACAAGUUCAAGAACCGUCUCGUGAACAUCCUGCCUUAUGAGAGCACUCGCGUCUGCCUGCAGCCUCUGCGUGCCACUGAGGGAUCUGACUACAUCAACGCCAGCUUCAUUGAUGGAUACAGGUAUCGGUGCGCCUACAUCGCGACUCAAGGGCCGCUACAGGAGACCAUAGACGACUUCUGGCGCAUGUUGUGGGAGCACAACUCUACCAUCGUCGUCAUGCUAACUAAACUGAAGGAACUCGGACGGGACAAGUGUUCUCAGUAUUGGCCCAACGAUCGUUCCCAGCGCUACCAGUUCUUCGUGGUCGACCCCUUGACUGAGUACAACAUGCCUCAGUACAUCCUGCGGGAGUUUAAGGUGACGGACGCCCGUGACGGACAAUCGCGCACCAUCCGUCAAUUCCAGUUCAUCGAGUGGCCGGAACAGGGAGUCCCGAAGACUGGCGAAGGCUUCAUCGACUUCAUCGGCCAAGUGCAUAAAACCAAAGAGCAGUUCGGGCAGGACGGGCCCAUUACAGUGCACUGCAGUGCGGGCGUGGGGCGCACGGGAGUGUUCAUCACGCUGUCGCAGGUGCUGGAGAGGAUGCAAUACGAGGGCGUCGUAGACCUCUUCCAGACCGUCCGUAUGUUGCGCACCCAGCGACCUGCCAUGGUGCAGACCGAGGAGGAAUAUCGGUUCUGCUACCUGGCUGCCCUCGAGUAUCUGGACAGCUUUGACCACUUCGUUGAUUGACCAGCCACGGCGCCUAAAUCUUUGUGGUCAUAACUAACCCGCGGUGCAAUGACAUCUUCGUGCUUCGUCGUUACUUGAUGUGUUGGAACCUUCGCACUGCGAUCACACCCUCGGCUUUCUUCGUGAAGUAGAGAAAUUAGAUAGAGCAACUAAAGAGAGAUAUACUACAUGUGUAUGAUUUCUCGUGACUCUGACUUAAUAAUCGAACUGCUAUCGAUCAGUGUCAAUAAUAUUAAUUUGUGCUUUUUAAGUGAGUCGAAUCAAAGCGAAGGAUUUGGAAUGUUGAACAAUGACACUUGACGUAUGUCAACUUCCUUGUUACCUUUUGUGCACCGAAGAGCCGUGAGUGGCUUGGAAAUUUUAAUGUUUUGUGGCUGCGAAAAAAAGUGAACUUUUCACGUAAAGACAAUCUUGAGUUGAACUGAAGUGAAUUAAAAAACAAAAACUUUUCUGCGCUGGCUUGUCAAGGAAAUAUCUGAGGAGAUAAAGUUUGAACUUUAUCUCGAUCGUAAUUGAAACCUUUACAUGUGAAGGGUGUUAAGUUAGAUAAGAAACGGUUACAGCUUUAAUUCUUUCCUUUUAAGUGAUUGACGAAGAUUAAUUCAGCAUUGGUCUACAUGGGUAAUGUAAUCAUGAGCUUUAGGUAUGGUUAAAAUGUCUGUCUCGUGUCCGAUAUAGUGCCUACGUUCUACAAGUUAUUUUUAUAGAAUUUCAUAAGUUAGAUUUUUUUUAAUCUUUGUAUUUCUUAUUGAAUGAAGGGAUUUGUUUUUGUCGAGGACAUAUUUUACGUUACUAUCAUCUUGCAGGAUAUAAGUUAUGUCCCAAACGAUGAAUUGAAGCUAAGCUAUAAGCGAAAAAUAGCUUAGGUAAAAAACUCAUAGCUUUAUAACUUCGUUGGAUUAUUAAAUAAGGUUGUUGUUUUCACCAAUUUGUCUCUGUUUUUAAUCAGUAUUUUCAAACAACCGUUACUCUAUUACUUGUUGCAGGUUUUAAGUUUCUCAACAUUCAUUAAAGAAAUUCUGAAGUUAAUUUUAAAGCAUUCUUUUCGAAACCCGUGUAUAAUUUUUCGAAAGUAAUAAUUUGCAAUAUCCGGUAACAAUUGUAUCGUUUUUUAUGACAAUUUUCAGAUAUUUUUCAUCAGUUAUGAACAAGUUCUGGCUAAUGGAAUUUAACUAUGAUUACAUCGACUGAAAUUACCUACUGGCUGGUCAUUGCGACUGUUGUAUUCAACAGGAUUUGGCUCUACACAUAUUAUGUCUAAACCUAAAACAUCCUGCUUUGU